CUAUGUGUCUGUCCGGUUUUGUCCAGAUGAUCAGUAUGUGACUUUUGAGCGAGAUCAAUUUACUGUUUGGACCUCUCCACAGUUUGACGGAUCAGUUGUAACAACUAUGAAUAUGUAUCCUGGAGCUGCACAGCUGCCCACUGGUCUUCAUGGUAUUUCCGCGGCAGCAUUUGAUCGUCAAGGCAACGCUGCUGUGUGUACAUACCGACUGUAUAUCAAACGCUCAAAUUGCAGAUCCUUAGACCUACCCAACCGAUUCCAAGAAAACCCUGUUGGGGGCCAAACGAUGUGUUCCCCCGAUGGAUCCAACUGUCUUCUGAAGUGUAACAACCCAACCAACAGCCAAUCAGGGCAGGCCCAACCUUCUACAGCUGCUCCAUAUAUAGUCAAUAUGAUGAAGAUGACAGGAUGGAACCAUUCAUUUAUCCCUCCUGUGCUGAUGCUGUUCUACAAAGAUACAAUGUGACCAUGACAAUGACCUUUGACCUUCCUGAGAUCUGUGUGGACACACCCUCAUUGAAAUCAAAGUUGACUGCAUCGCUGAGAAGCUUGAAUUCUGUGUGGAGUGGAGGCUUGUGUCAGCAGACGGAUUGUAGAUGGGAGGUGACCAAUGUCGACUGCCAAGUUAACAAUAUCAACAAGGUGGUAGUGACGCUCCAACUUCACUU